CCGUGACUCUCCCUCUCCCCUUUCCUUCAGAAGGCAAGGCGGCUGCAUCUUUUUUUUCCCCCUUUCGUUAACCCACAGAUUCCUCCCCGAUGACUUUAGCCAGCUCCGGCAACAACCCCAGGGAGAGGCUCCUCGCUCGUUUGGCGCCCGAGACUGUGUUGGCCGCCAGGUUAGAAGACCUCCCCUUUCGAUCGCCAGAGCCUUGCCAGCGUGGGUGCGGUGGGACGAAAGAGAGCAAGAGGUUUCCUCCUGCGAUGGGAUGGGUGCCCUCUGUGAAUACAGCUACUGCUCUCUAGCAGCCGGCAUGAAAGACGCCAGCGCGGGGGAUUUCCUGGACGCCUUCCCCGCCUCCAGCCUCCUGGAGGAAAGGCUGGUGGGCAACGGAACCAACGAGUCCCUCCCGGAAUUCUGGAGGAGCCUCGUCAACUUGGAGAGGGCUGAGGGGGUGCGAGGGAGCGCCUCGAUUGUCCUGCGGAUCUUCCUCUCCAUCGUCUACUCCGUGGUGUGCGCCCUCGGGCUGGUGGGCAACGUGCUGGUGCUGUACUUGAUGAAAAGCAAAUGGAAGAAGUCCUCCAUCAAUCUCUUUGUGACCUGCCUGGCCUUGACCGAUUUCCAGUUUGUCUUGACUUUGCCCUUCUGGGCGGUGGAGAAUGCUUUGGAUUACACCUGGCUCUUCGGCAACGCCAUGUGCAAGAUCCUCUCCUACGUGACGGCCAUGAACAUGUACGCCAGUGUCUUCUUUCUCACGGCCAUGAGCAUUGCCCGCUACCAUGCGGUGGCAUCUGCCCUGAAAAGCAGAAGGCAAGGAGGGCUGCCCGGCGGCUCCUUUCCGGCCAAAUGGCUGUGCGCGCUGGUCUGGAUCUUGGCCAUUCUGGCCUCUCUGCCCACUGGCAUCUUCUCCACCGUCACCAAUCUCUUGGGCGAGGAACUCUGCCUGAUCAGGCUCCCCGACAAGCAAGGCAGCAAUUUCCGGCUGGGACUCUACCAAGCCCAGAAAGUCCUCUUGGGUUUUUUGUUGCCUCUGAGCAUCAUCACCUUUUGCUACCUUCUGCUGGUGCGCUUCAUCAGCGACAGGCACGUGGGCGCCAGCUCCUGCGGCCCAAGCACGAAGCGCCGGACCAAAGUGACCAAAUCGGUGACCAUCGUGGUCCUGUCCUUCUUCCUCUGCUGGCUGCCCAACCAGGCGCUCACCACCUGGGGGAUCCUCAUCAAGCUGAACGCCCUGCACUUCAGUUAUGCCUACUUUGUCUCCCAGGCGUACUUCUUUCCCAUCACCGUGUGCCUCGCACACUCCAACAGCUGCCUCAACCCCAUCUUCUACUGCCUCAUGCGCAGGGAGUUCCGCAAAGCACUCAAGAAACUGCUCUGGAGGAUCACAUCGCCCUCGGUCACCGCCAUGCGCCCUUUCACAGCCACCACCAAGCCCGAGCAGGAGGAGCAGGUACUGCAUAGUCUGAUGCCUGCAAAUCCAGCAAGUAGUAGUUGCCCUCCUGCUCCUCCAGCAGCUGUUGCAGCUGCAGCUCAAACCAUGCCAGACAUCAUUUCCUAUCCGCCCGGCGAAAUCCAGCAAGUAGUAGUUGCCCUCCUGCUCCUCCAGCAGCUGUUGCAGCUGCAGCUCAAACCAUGCCAGACAUCAUUUCCUAUCCGCCCGGCGUGGUUGUUGGUGGUUGCAGCUAAACUCAAAGAGAACAAGGAAACCUCCAGUGAGGCGCGGCAGACAACAUAA